AUGGACGACGAUUUCCUUGCCCGAUUCCUCCAAGCCGGAAGUAGCGCGAGGCGUUACAGCCGCGAUCCUGUCUUCAGAGCACAUGAUCAGGUUUUGCUGUUGGAGGAUCCAACUCCACCUGCUACGCCGGCAUCUAAGUCGGCUAUCGAGGCGCUGCUCACUGUUAGCAUCGAUAAGGCUGAAAAUUGUGCUGUUUACAAGGAUGAGCUCGGGCUGGGGAUUUCCGUCUUGAAGAUGCCGUGCCACCACUUGUUCCAUCACAAUUGCCUUCUGUCAUGGCUUGAGGCGAACAAUACUUGUCCACUUUGUCGGUUCAAGCUCUCCACGACAACGAUCUCAUCGUCCCUACUUGGCUGUUUGGUUCCGGUGAAGAAUUUGGCUCCGUCGGUGGUGAAAAUGCUGAUCGGUGAACGGAUGGAUACUUGUACAGAAAGUAGAUGA